AUGGGGAAGAUCACCCUCUACGAGGACCGGGGCUUCCAGGGCCGCCACUAUGAAUGCAGCAGCGACCACCCCAACCUGCAGCCCUACUUGAGCCGCUGCAAUUCGGUGCGCGUGGACAGCGGCUGCUGGAUGCUCUAUGAGCUGCCCAACUACUCGGGCCUCCAAUACUUCCUGCGCCGCGGCGACUAUGCCGAUCGCCAGCAGUGGAUGGGCCUCAGCGACUCGGUCCGCUCCUGCCGCCUCAUCCCUCACGCCAGUUCCCACAGGAUCAGGAUCCAUGAGCGAGAGGAUUGUAGGGGCCAGAUGGUGGAGAUCACUGAGGACUGCCCCUCCCUUCAAGACCGCUUCCACCUCAGUGAGAUCCACUCCUUCAACGUGCUGGAGGGCUCCUGGGUCCUUUACGAGCUGCCCAACUACCGGGGGCGGCAGUACCUGCUGAGGCCCGGGGACUACAGGCGGUGCCAGGACUGGGGGGCCGCAGAUGCCAGAGUGGGCUCCCUGAGGAGAGCUGUGGAGCUCUACUGAAAUGUUUUUACUCUAUCCUUUGCUCCAUCUGGAAACUAAUAAAAUAUUUCCGGUGUGUUCCAUGC